AUCGGCCCUUAACAUAUGCAGCUGCCCAGGUAUGAGUUUGGAAAGCACAGCUUCUUAUCAUCAUAAUGGCAGAGCAACUAGCUGGUAAAACAAAAAUUACACACAAAGCUACAGCAGGAGGAGAUUCACUGUCCUUCGUAAACUUACUGAAAGUCCACAGAGAAUUGCUAGUCAAUCGAAUCCGCAACACCCAGUGUUUGAUUGACAACUUGAUUAAGAAUGACUAUUUCUCCAUAGAAGAUGCAGAGAUUGCUGCACAGUAUUCUACACAAGCAGACAAGGUCCGUAAAAUUCUGGAUCUAGCCCAGAGUAAAGGUGAGGAAGUUGCAGAGUAUUGCCUAUAUGUCCUGCAACAAGCUGAUGAUGCUUACUAUGACUUACAUCCCUGGUUGGAGGAGAUUGGCUUCCACCCAUCAGAAAUCAUUUGUAGCAAAGCUGUGGAAAAUACUGACCCAGUCAGCAGAUACCAGCAGAAACUUAAAGAUGAAUUGGGUCGAGAAACAAAGUUCGUCAUGUCAUAUGCCCAAAAGGAGGACAUGUUGCUUGAAGAAAUAUAUUCUGCCAACAUCAUGCAGUUUCUCAGUCACAAAAAUGAGAAACUCGGUAAUGUGCAUGCCUUAGAAGAUCUACUUACUGACAGUUUUGGGCUGAUCAAUGAAAAUGGAGAGACCAUCUAUGUCUUUGGGGAUGCUGGGAUUGGAAAGUCCAUGUUACUGCAAAAGAUGCAAAAUCUCUGGUCCAAGAAUGCCUUUGACAUAGGGGCCAAAUUCUUCUUCCGUUUCCGAUGCCGAAUGUUCAGCUGCUUUAAGCAAGAAGAAGCCUUUUGUUUAAAGGAUCUUCUCUUCAAGUAUAACUGUUUCCCAGAUCAGGAUCAAGAGGAGGUUUUUGACUUCAUUGUAAAAUUCCCUCAUACUGUCUUGUUUACAUUUGAUGGUUUUGAUGAAAUUCAUUCUGAUUUUGAUCUCAGUAGUAUUCCUGAAAUCUGCUCUCCCACUGAAUCUAUUCACCCACUUGCUCUUCUGGUGGGCCUCCUCAGUGGAAAGCUUUUGAAGGGAUCUAGAAAAAUUCUGACAGCCAGGACAGGGACAGAAAUUGAUAAAAACAUAGUUCGGAAGAAAGUACAUCUCCGAGGGUUUUCCAAUAGUAACCUGAAAGACUAUACUAAAAUGUUCUUCAAAGAUGAAGGAUGUCAAACUUUAGUUCUGAAUCAACUGGAAGCCAACCCAAAUCUAAUCAGUUUGUGUUCAGUGCCAUUGUUUUGCUGGAUUAUCUUCAAAUGUUUUGAACAUUUCCACUCUGCGUUUGAUAGCCAUGAGCUCCCAGACUUUACUGUCACUCUAACGGACAUUUUCUUGCUUAUGACUGAAGUCCACCUGAAUCGUAUUCAGAAGACAAAUUUGCUAAAGAAGAACAACAGAAGCCAAGAAGAAACAUACAGGUCCAAUAAAGAGAAAUUGUUUGCACUGAGUAAAAUAGCCUACGUGGGGAUGCAGAAAUCUCUCUUUGUCUUUGAGCAAGAGGAAGUCCUCAGCAACAUCCUUGAGCAGGAUUUACAUUUAGGAUUUCUCAGGGCAGUUCCCAAUUAUGAAGAUAAUGUAGACCAAUCUUCCUAUGAAUUCCUGCACUUGACGUUGCAGUCAUUUUUUGCAGCUUUUUAUCUGGUAACAGAUGAGAAAGUGGGGACCAGGGAUUUGCUGCAGUUCUUUGCUGAAUGCUCCAUGCAAGACACUACUCUAUCUUCAUGCUUGCCUCUUUCCUGGUCAAAACAUUACCACCCAACAGGAGGAGAUCCUUUCCGAAAUAAAGAGCAUUUUCAUUUUACUAAUCUCUUCCUGUGUGGCUUGCUUUCCAAGGCAAGGCAGAAACUCUUGAGGCAUCUGAUUCCUCUGAGGAUAGUCAAGAAGAAACGGAGGAUUCUUCUGGCCUAUUUUUUUGAAAGCAUGAAAUCUCAUCUGAAGGGUCUCUCUCGGGCAAGGCUGAAAGAAUACAAACAGGUGCAAGUAAUGCCAAACUUUGUUUGGAUGCUGAGAUGCAUCUAUGAAACUCAGAGUGAGAAAGUUGGUAAAGGGGUUGCCAAAUGCAUGCGUGCCAAUUACAUCAAGCUGACUUACUGCAAUGCCUACUCUGCUGACUGUAGUGCCAUUUCCUUUGUUAUGCAUCAUUUCCAGAAACGCUUGGCCCUUGAUCUGGACAAUAACAACAUCAAUGAUUAUGGGAUUAAGCAACUGCAACCUUGCUUUAGCCAUCUGGCAGUACUCAGGGUGAGUGUGAACCAAAUCACAGAUCAAGGUGUGAGAGUGCUUUACGAGGAGCUCUCCAAAUUCAAAAUUGUAUCUUAUUUGGGCUUAUAUAACAACCAGAUUACUGAUAUUGGAGCAAAAUAUGUGGCAAGACUCAUUGAGGAAUGUCCAAGCCUCAUCUAUGUUAAGAUAGGAGCAAACAAAAUAACAACCGAAGGAGGGAAAAGUCUUGCUUAUGCCAUCAAGAAAAGUAAAACUAUGUAUGAAAUUGGAAUGUGGGGUAACAAGAUUGGGGAUGAAGGAGCAAAGGCUUUUGCAGAGGCACUGAAAAAUCACCCCACCUUAACCAAUAUCAGUCUUGCCUUUAACGGCAUCACUACAGAAGGAGGUAAAAGCCUUGCAGAAGCGAUGAAACACAACAAUGGUGUAAAUAUAUUUUGGCUAACAAAAAAUGAGUUGGAUGAUGAAGCCGCUGAGAGUUUUGCUGAAAUGGUAAAGGUUAACAAGAGAUUGGGCCAUCUGUGGCUUAUCCAGAAUCAGAUUACAGUUCGAGGAGCCAAGAGUUUAGCUGAUGCUCUCCAGGACAAUACAGCUCUCAAAGAAAUCUGCUUAAACGGAAACCCAAUAAGUCAAGAGGAGGCCAAAGUCUUUGCAAAUGAAAAGAGACUCAUUGGCUUCUGAGAAACUUUUUCCAGGUUUGAUGGUAAUUGUCAUGCCAGGACAAGUAUAGUUUUGGCAGUGCUCAGAGCAAUGCCAGAAGCCUGAGCAAAAUGGACCUAAAACUU